GGGACCUGGAGAGAGGCGCCGCCUCCGCCGCCGCACACGGAGACAUGUACCCGGGAGCCACCUCCGCCGGACCCGUGCUUGCACCUCCUCCACCAUUGCCACCACCAAUACAGGGAUAUGCCUUUAAACCCCCUCCUCGACCAGAUUUUGGCACUUCUGGGAGAACAAUCAAACUGCAGGCCAACUUCUUUGAAAUGGACAUUCCUAAAAUAGAUAUCUACCAUUACGAAUUGGAUAUAAAGCCAGAAAAAUGCCCUAGAAGAGUUAACAGAGAAAUAGUGGAGCAUAUGGUUCAGCACUUUAAAACCCAGAUUUUUGGGGAUCGCAAACCAGUGUUUGAUGGAAGAAAAAACCUUUAUACAGCUAUGCCGCUUCCCAUUGGGAGAGAUAAAGUGGAGCUGGAGGUCACGCUGCCAGGAGAAGGAAAGGACAGAAUAUUUAAGGUGGCUAUAAAGUGGAUGUCCUGUGUGAGUUUGCAGGCUUUACAUGAUGCUCUUUCUGGUCGGCUGCCGAGUGUCCCGUUUGAAACCAUCCAGGCACUGGAUGUAGUGAUGAGGCACUUGCCUUCCAUGAGAUAUACUCCUGUGGGGCGAUCUUUUUUUACAGCAUCAGAAGGGUGCUCAAAUCCAUUGGGUGGUGGCAGAGAAGUUUGGUUUGGCUUCCAUCAAUCAGUCAGACCUUCAUUAUGGAAAAUGAUGUUAAAUAUUGAUGUAUCUGCAACCGCAUUUUACAAAGCACAGCCAGUUAUCGAGUUUGUAUGUGAAGUUUUGGACUUCAAAAGUAUUGAAGAACAACAAAAACCUCUGACAGAUUCCCAAAGGGUAAAGUUUACCAAAGAAAUAAAAGGUCUAAAGGUGGAGAUAACACACUGUGGACAAAUGAAAAGAAAGUACAGAGUGUGCAAUGUCACCAGACGACCAGCAAGUCACCAAACAUUCCCACUUCAGCAGGAGAAUGGACAAACAGUUGAAUGCACUGUAGCUCAGUAUUUUAAGGACAGGCACAAAUUAGUUUUACGCUAUCCUCACCUUCCAUGUUUACAAGUUGGACAGGAGCAGAAACACACAUACCUUCCUCUUGAGGUGUGCAACAUAGUGGCAGGACAAAGAUGCAUAAAGAAACUCACUGACAAUCAGACUUCCACUAUGAUUCGAGCAACUGCCAGAUCGGCACCUGACCGUCAAGAAGAGAUCAGUAAAUUGAUGCGGAGUGCGAGUUUUAAUACCGACCCUUACGUUCGUGAAUUUGGAAUAAUGGUCAAAGAUGAAAUGACAGAUGUGACCGGCAGAGUCCUUCAGCCUCCUUCAAUCCUCUAUGGAGGCAGGAAUAAAGCAAUUGCUACACCAGUUCAAGGAGUCUGGGACAUGAGGAAUAAACAGUUUCACACUGGAAUUGAAAUAAAGGUUUGGGCAAUUGCAUGCUUUGCUCCCCAGCGCCAAUGCACUGAAGUUCAUCUUAAGUCCUUUACAGAACAACUGAGGAAGAUUUCCAGAGAUGCAGGAAUGCCAAUCCAGGGGCAGCCGUGCUUCUGUAAAUAUGCGCAGGGAGCUGACAGUGUGGAGCCCAUGUUCAGACAUCUCAAGAACACUUAUACUGGGCUGCAGCUUGUUGUAGUAAUUUUGCCAGGAAAAACGCCGGUCUAUGCGGAGGUGAAGCGUGUUGGCGACACUGUGCUGGGAAUGGCUACGCAGUGCGUUCAGAUGAAAAAUGUGCAAAGAACAACACCGCAAACGCUGUCAAACCUUUGCUUAAAAAUAAAUGUCAAAUUAGGAGGCGUAAAUAAUAUUCUACUGCCACAGGGAAGACCACCGGUAUUUCAACAGCCUGUCAUAUUCCUUGGUGCAGAUGUAACUCAUCCACCAGCUGGAGAUGGAAAAAAGCCUUCCAUUGCUGCAGUUGUAGGAAGCAUGGACGCUCAUCCUAAUCGAUACUGUGCCACUGUUCGGGUCCAGCAGCACCGCCAAGAAAUCAUCCAAGAUUUGGCUGCCAUGGUCAGGGAGUUACUUAUUCAGUUCUACAAAUCAACUAGAUUUAAACCAACUCGUAUAAUCUUCUACAGAGAUGGCGUUUCUGAGGGGCAGUUUCAACAGGUUCUCCAUCAUGAAUUGCUGGCUAUCAGAGAAGCAUGCAUUAAACUAGAAAAGGAUUACCAGCCUGGAAUUACGUUUAUAGUUGUGCAGAAAAGGCAUCACACCAGACUCUUCUGUACAGAUAAAAAUGAACGGGUUGGAAAAAGUGGAAACAUUCCAGCUGGUACCACAGUGGACACAAAAAUCACCCAUCCAUCAGAGUUUGACUUUUACCUGUGUAGUCAUGCUGGUAUUCAGGGAACAAGCAGACCUUCUCAUUACCAUGUCCUCUGGGAUGACAAUCGUUUCUCCUCAGAUGAACUGCAGAUUCUUACCUACCAGCUGUGUCAUACGUAUGUACGCUGUACUCGUUCUGUUUCCAUCCCUGCACCAGCAUAUUACGCGCACCUGGUUGCUUUCAGAGCCAGGUAUCAUCUGGUGGAUAAAGAACAUGAUAGUGCUGAAGGAAGCCACACUUCCGGUCAGAGUAAUGGCAGAGAUCAUCAAGCACUUGCUAAAGCAGUUCAAGUUCAUCAGGACACGUUGCGCACUAUGUACUUUGCUUGACAUGUUUUAAUGUUUAGCGACUCAGUACAAUACAGAGUUGGAUUCACAUGAGACCAGCUGCACUUAGACCAACAGUUGCCCAAGCUACAGUGACAGCCAGCAAUGAGUGAUGCAUCUUAAUUUUUUUCUUUCCCAUUUGCAAGAAAGCCUUCCGUCCAGAAUUUCAGACUUGAUUAUGAACUGCAUUCUUGUACCAAACCCCACUAUUGUUGAAAAUGUGGUUUGCCAAAAAUCUCUAAGCUGCUUGGUAUAAAACAGACCCAUAUUUUAUAAUUAAAUCAAGAGCUGUGAUCUCAGGGCUUAGGGGGGAAAAAAAAAAAACCAACCACCCAACCCACAAAACUCCUCAUUCAGUUUGCUAUUCAUUGAAUUGCUUUUAAUAAUUUGGAAAGAUCUAAUUCAUACUAAAGUUUGAUGGCCUAAAAUGCUGUGAAUUAGCUUUUAAUACAAAGGAAAGCAAAGCAUUUUUUGACUAUUUAUGAAGCCUUGAUUAUUCUAGAUGCAUUUACAAAAUUUUUAUUUUCGAAAGAGAGUGACAAAAUUCUGGUUUUCAACUGUCUUAAAAAGAUUAUUCUCUGUGUGUCUAAGGGCAAAUGUAUUUUCUGAAGCUUGUUCUUGAAUGUUUUUUAUUGUGCUGCAUUUGAAAAUGUUUUUCAUAGACUAAAGAAGAAUUUUAAAAAAGAAUGAACUUGUACCUAAGCUUUUAAUAGGUCCAGUUAGAUUGGCAAAAGAAAAUGUGCCAUUUAAAAACAAAUUUCUAAAGAAUUUUUUUUAAAUCAUACUGACAGCUAACUUUAGAAUUUGUCAUACAGGACUGUGACACUUACUUUCCAAAGUCUAUAAAGAAUACGGGUCUGUGGUGAUAAAUACAGUACAAUCCUUUUUCACUGUUGUUUGAGUUAAUGUAAAUUUUAUAUAUGUUUCACAGUAUUAAUGUGAUAGACUAGAUGCUAUUAUUUAUUUUUAUUUACUAAGGAGUGCUCAUUAUACUUGUGUUAACAUAUCAAGAAUGCUUUGGAUUUAGAAUUUAAAACCUUAUCGUGGGGACAUUACUAUUCAAAUGCAAAAAUAUGCAAUUGACUUUGUGAGAGUUCAGAGAUUCAUACAGUGUAUAUUGUAUAGCUUGUAAUUUGUAGAAAGGCUUUUUAAGCGUGCACACAACAUAGCAGGUUUUACCUGUGCAGUUCAGAGACGCACAUGAGACCAACAUUCUACGUUCAUUCAAGCACAAAACAAUUGUAUUUUAUUUAUAUGUUGAAUAUUGGUGAAGCAGGAGCUCUAAUAGAGGAGAGUGGCUCACUGUUUGUAAUUUAGACAUAAGCCAGAGAAUCUAUGCAGUAGAUAAAUCUUAGGAAACUGAAGUUUACUUAUGAAGGGAGGUGAAACUCUCUUCAUUAUGCAUAAGGUCAAUAGUAAAUGUGAGAGUUUUGCCAUUCUCUUAGGAGAAGCAUUAAUUAAAACUGAUCAUUAUUAGCCAAACGCUUCUGUUAGUUUGCACACUGGGUUCAUAAAAAACCAUAAUACAUAUGUAAACCAUUGCACUAAUUACGAUGCCACAAGGAGGUUUAGGAGAAAAUGGAAAAAGCCCAGGAAACUUGUUUAUGCUGACUUGAUUCUGUUUAUUUUUUCAUAGGAUAACUGAAAUAACAUGCUAAGAGGCAGGUUUUAAAAAUUUCGUUCUCUUCCACUGAUUCAUUUUGCUUCGUCUUUUCCCUUUUCUCUUAGCAGAUGCUCAGUCACUGUUUCGAAUACAUUUACCUCUAGCCACUGGGACGGACAAGUAGCUUUAACCAAUACAGCGGUCUGUGCCAUAUAGCGGAUAGACUAUAACUGGUUGCUGUUGAAUAAGCUAGAAAAUGCCCAACCUUUGCUGCAUAAAGAGUUUUUUAGGUACAUAACUUUGUGCAAGUUCAGAUCUUCACCUUGUAGCAGUGUGUUGGUUGUCAGUGUUGUUUAGGUGAAAUAACAAUGUAAAACCUAUUAAUAGCUUAAUUGUAUUUGUAUUAUUCGAAUUCGGUGAUUAGGCUUCUGGGUCAGAUUUUCUUCUUGGUCAUAGUUAUGUAAAUCCAGAUUUUAAAUUAUGCUGGUAUAACAGAAAGCAAAUUCCAGGUCGCACUGUCUAUCUUUCUGUGUUCCAGCCAGGUUGUUGUACAUACCUCCCCUAAAGUAGCGCUAAACUGCAAAACCUUUCCAUGGUGGGUAUGUUGCACUUCUCUGGGCAUUUGCUUGAGAGGUUUCAUAUUUCAGUGAAGAUUUUAGUAUGGCAGAGUUUUAUAUAAGAAUUAUUUUUUAUAUGAAUUAUUCUUAACAAAUAGGAAAAAGAUCAACCAUUUUAAGACGCCAUUUAGUUUAUUUGCUGUUCGUUAUGCAGAGACCUCUUGGAUGUGAAAUUCAUCCUCCUCUUUCCUCUCCGUGAAGAUCUGGAAUAAAUGACUUAUACAGGUGGCCAGAUGGGGCGAGGAGGGCAGAAUCUGUCUUGACCUCAGAUCUUCUUUCUAAAGCAGACUGUGGGACUUCACUGCAUCCUAUUUAGGAUGUAUUCUUUGGGCUGGAGUAGUCAUUGCAGCUCCUUUUUGUGGGAAGAGGAGUAUUAGGCAGACCCUUCAUCUGAGAGUAGCUGUUGUCUGCGUAUCCUCUUGGAAUGAACAGAAACUUUGUGUAGCUUUCCUUCCCUGAGUAUGAAGAACUUGGGAUGGUUAUAUGCAUUUCAGGCUAGGGACAUUUUUACCUUUUACAGAUCUUUUUAAGCCUCUAAUACUGCUAAUUCUCUCUCCUUUCUUCUCCCCUCCCACCCCCUGCAAGUGGUGAAUUAGUAAACAAUUUAAAGCAUUUUUCUAAAAAAAUAUUAAGUAUAUACUUUGAAAAGUACAGCGUGCUAGAAGUCCAGCAGCUAUCUUUCUGGGAAUAUUUUUACUAUAAAUUACACAUUCAAAAAUGUCUCCUGUCAAAAAAACCCACC